AUGGAUAAAAGGUUGUGGCUCAGAAAAGUGUUGGUGAUGCUUCUACAUUUGUUGAGAGUGAAUUUUCACUGUCAAGUUCAAGUUGGAGUUGCUCACAGUUGGUUCUGCAAUUGUUGGGUCAGCCAAAAAAUUGUCCCAAAGUUAACUGAGGUGCUAACUGAUACGCAUCCGCAAGUUCAGUCUGCAUGGCAGACAACACUCCAGCAGGAGGUCCAAAAUCUUGCAAAGAAGGCUGUAGAAACUGUGGUGUUGGUAAUUGAUGAUGAAGGGACUGAGUAUUUGAUAUCAGAACUUCUCAAGUUGCUUCUAUUUCCAUGCUAA